CCACAGUUCACUUUUGAAUGUGUUUGUCUCAAGUGACCGUUGGUAUUACCUGAGAUUAAAGUCAUUGAGUAUUAUUUUAUAUUUUUUAAAAGCUUAGUUUCUGAUGACAUCCUUGUUUUUAGUUUAAAAUUGAAGUGGGACCCAAUUACCUAUAGUAUGGCACAAUUUACAUUUGUUAAUGAACUGAAUAAUGUUUUAAGAAUGGAUGACCCUAUAAGGGGACCAGUACCUAGGUGGCAAAAAAAAGUUGAUGGAAGCAAUAACAGUAUUAUCAAUUCAAGUCUUGAUACAUCCAAAAUCAAAGGCAACUAUGCCUCUAAGACACCUAAGAAGAUGGAUAAUAGGAAAACACCCUGUAAGACUCCUUCUAAAACACCAAAGACUUCUCCAGAUUCUAAAACACCUGGUAAAGGAAAAACCCCUGGUGGGGAUAGAUUCAUUCCUACUAGAUCUGCUACGGACUUUGAACUCGGACAUUUUAAGCUGAAUGAUGAUGGUAAAAAGGAUGACGAAGCUAAAUCUCCAUCUCAGGUAGAGAUGGAGCGUGCCAUGACUGAAAAUUUGGCUGGUAGAGACUUAGCUGGAGCAAGAAUUUUGGCUUUUCAAAAAAAAGCACCCGAACCUCCUGGUGGGCACCAAAACCCAUUGAAAAUAGUGUACUCUCAGUCUAAAACACCAAAAAAUGCUUUGACUAGGUAUAUUCCCCAAGCACCUGACCGGAUACUCGAUGCUCCUGAUAUUCUUGAUGACUAUUAUUUAAACCUUGUUGACUGGAGCAAAAGCAAUUUGUUAGCUGUUGCACUAGGAAGCUCAGUAUACCUAUGGAAUGCAAGCAGUGGUGCUAUCUCACAGCUUACAGAACUUGAGGGCAAUGACUACGUCUCUUCACUUUCUUGGAUAACCGAUGGUGACACCUUGGCCAUUGGCACCAGCUUAGGAAGUACUCAGAUUUGGGAUACUACGCAGGCUAAAAAGAUGAGAGUGAUGGAUGGCCAUAGUGCGAGGGUCGGCUCACUCUCUUGGAACCAACAUAUUUUGAGCAGUGGUUGUCGUGGUGGGCUUCUUGUUCACCAUGAUGUAAGGCAGCGAGAUCACGUUGUAUCUUCUAUAGAAGCUCAUUCUCAAGAAAUAUGUGGUUUAAAAUGGUCUCCAGAUGGACGGUAUUUGGCCAGUGGAGGUAAUGACAAUAUUCUGAACAUUUGGUCAUGUGUGACUGGUGAUCUAUAUUCACAGUCUAGCCCCUUAUACAGGUUUAGCGAGCAUCAGGCUGCUGUAAAAGCGCUAGCAUGGUGCCCUUGGCAACCAUCGAUACUCGCCAGUGGUGGAGGUACUGCCGACAGGCACAUAAGGUUUUGGAACUGCAACACUGGGUUAUCUACUAACUCAAUUGACACCAAAUCUCAGGUUUGUGGACUGUUAUGGUCACCGACUUAUAAGGAACUUAUAUCAGGACAUGGUUACGCUAAUAACCAGCUCAUAAUUUGGAAGUACCCGUCUCUUGUAAAGGUAGCAGAAUUGACAGGACAUACUGCGAGGGUUCUUCAACUUGCCAUGUCUCCUGAUGGAAGUACAGUUCUUUCAGCAGGUGCCGACGAGACUCUGAGACUCUGGAAAUGUUUCGCACCAAAUCCAAAUAAGAAGAAGGAAGGAGUUGAAGCUAAAGUAGCUGCUGACAGCAUUUUCAAAAGAGGAAUUCGAUAAAAAUUAUUAUAAAGAUGUAUUAUAUUAUAUAUCUUUGAGUAGUAUGAAUGCCUUCUUUUUAUAACGUUAUGAUAAAUCCUCAUUUGUUCCUUAAAGAUUCAAUGUUAUUUCUGAUUUAUAUUUUUUUAAGACGUUCUAAGUUUAGCUAAUAUUUAUUUGUAUAUUUUAAGAACUAAUUGUAUCAGAAAAUGAAUUUUGGUAUUCCCUGAUUCAUUUUCUGUUUGGCAUUUGUAAAAUUGCCAUUUUUUUACUCUAAUUUGUUUUCUUUAACCUACUAUAAAAAGUAAAGAAAAAAAAGAAGGAAAAAGGACAUGACUAUUUGUAAAACAGAUCUGUGAUGUACCCAUUGACUCACUUUUUUAUUCCAAAGACUUGUGAGUUCAACUGAUAUUUUGUGACUUUUAUAACUGUAAGAAAAGCAUUUUUAUAUGACUGGUGGAAAUUCGUCUUAAGAUGUGACUAUUUGUAUCAUGGAAGGAAGACUGUUAAAAUUAAUAAAAUUUUAUGCAUAUCUGUUUCCCUUGUAUCAUUAUUUUCAAUACCUACCAUAAUAUUAAUUUAUCCUAAACCUUUGAAUUAAU